AUGACACAACCAAAUGAUAUUGAUUUAGAUCUGGAUGACUUGGUUCACCUAGAAAACAUGUUUCUAGAGCAUGGUAGGGAGGAUGGUCUGCGAGACGGAAAAUCUGCCGGGAUGCUCGAAGGCUUCGUAUUAGGUUCUACACAUGGCUUUCGUCUUGCUCAAGAGGUUGGUUUCUACAAGGGAGUGACUGAGACAUGGUCUCGAAUAGUUUCGCAAUAUUCAGGAGAUUCUAAGAAUAAAAGUUUCAAUGAACGGACAAUAAAGCAAUUAGAGUCUCUCCACGGUCUAAUUGCUCAAUUUCCAUUAGAAAAUAAUCGUAAUGUUGAGGUUCACAAACUUCUUGAACGUAUUCGCGCAAAAUACAAAGUAGUGAUGUCACUUCUAAAUAGCAGUGGAAAUCUUCAAAAAUUUAAUGAUGUCGAAGGGUCCAUUGCGACAAAAAUAUCUUUUUGA